GCUACCUGUUCUUUCGCCGCCGUUCCGUUGCUUUCCGUUUUCCUGCGCCGUGAAAAAACUUAUCUGUAGUUCUGGUGGUAUACGUAGCUGAACUCUUUCAAACUCGGCCUCGAAUACAAAACAACAAUGAGCUCCAUCGGAAACAUUGCUCUCGUCCUCGGUGCCCUCACCGCUGGAGGCGGCAUCACCGGAUACGUGAGGACGGGAUCCGUGCCAUCCAUUGCUGCUGGUUGCACCGUCGGCUUACUGUACAUUCUUGGUGGCUACCGUGUCAACAGCCGCGCUGCAUACGGUGUCGAGCUGGCGCUUCUCGCCUCGGUCAUCCUGGCUGGUAGCUCUAUCCCCCGUGCCAUCAAGUCUGGAAAGCCGCUGCCUAUUGGAUUGAGCAUUCUGGCUACGUUUGGUCUGUGGACUUUUGGUAAUGCCUUCAUGAACAAGCGCGCUUAGCUGGUGAAGAGUUGGGCGAGAUGCACUCAACCGAGGUUGGGAGGUGUAUAUAUGCAGCAUAGAGGCUCAUCGGACUGCGAAGUUCAUCAAUGCUACGUGGGUUUCUG